AUGCUAAUAGCUGCUUUGGGGAUUCUUGGAUCUUUAACUUUAAGUUUUUUUUUGUGGAGGUACAUAGAUGAAAUCGCAUCAGAUGAGAUAAGUACAUUUACCAUUGUACCUUGCUAUUUGGGUGUUUUGAUAAGUAUUUCUCCAAUAAUAAUAUUACCUUUUGAUGUUGCAAGUUCAUUAUUGGGCCAUGUAAACAACAAUUAUUUUAUUUUUGUAAAAUUUUUUUGGAAAUCAGGAUAUUUUAUAUUAUUUAUUUUAUGUUGGGUAAUUUUUCCUAUUCUUCUGGAGUAUGAGUUAUCGGGUGAUUUCGAUCAUCAAAAAAAACUAAAGACAAGCCUUGAAAGAAACAAAAAUUAUUGGAUCACUCAAAUUACAGUAAUUGCAAUAUCAUCUAUAUUAUAUCUUACAGUUUUUAAUUUACAUAAUUCAAAGUUUUCAAUUUCGUCAAUGUGUAUUGCCAUUGCACAUUUUUGGGGGAUGGCUCAAAUAACAUUUUUGUGGGGAUAUGGACUGGUUGCUAUUCCGUCUAAAAUAAAGAACUCUCGAAAAUUAAUAAAUAAAAGUGAUAUGAUUAGGAAGUUAAAUAAGUUUUAUACAAUUCUACACAACUUAGAAGAUUGGAAGGCAAUCAAUCAUCAUGAAAUUAAAAAGUUAAAUGAUAAAUUGAAUUAUCUAUAUAGCAUUUCAAGCGAGGAACACAAAAAAAUCAUAAUUGGGAGGAUGAUUAAGGCAAUUAAUGAAAAUAGAACCGCACUAAUUAGGAGUAACUAUUUCGGAGAAACAGAUCCCUCCAAAAAUAAAGAUAUUUGGAAUUCAUCUGAAAAAAACUCCAUAAAAUUUGAAGAUUUGAUAGCUUUUAAUCGUGAGUUAAAACUAUUGAUUGCUGAAGAAAAACGUAUAUAUUACCUAUGGGAAUCAACAUUAUCAAAUUCCUGGAAACUCGAAAAUUUAAUAGUUCAAAAUGAAGAAUAUCUUCGUACCAAAAAUGAGGAUAAUCCACUAAUAUUUUCGUCAAAAAUUACUUUACCAAUGCAUGCAAUCAAUUAUAACUUGGGAGAUGACAGCGAUAUCUCUUUAGAAAGUAACAAUUUGGUUAGAAAUGACAAAAUAAUCGAAAUAAUGGAUAGAACAAUUUUUCAAACAAAUAAUUUUAAAACAAAAAAUAUAGAGAUAAUUAAACGGUUAAGACAUUUAGUUAAAAACAAACUAACAAUCAAGAAUAAUCACUUAAAUCAUUUUUUGUAUUCCCUUUCAUUAAUUACAAGUAUUGGAAUUAUUAUUGCAGAAGCAACCAUGUAUUUUCCAAAUUUAAAUAUUUCACUUUAUUCACAUAUAGUAAGAAUUUGUUCGCAAAUAAAAUACAUGAAUUAUUACAUCAAGUUUAUACUGGUUUACUUAAUUUGCCAAUUUUUGCUAAUUUAUGUUUUCCUUUGCACAUACUGGGGAUUAUUUAAUUUCAAAAUUCCAAAGAAAUACGGGAUAUAUUUUAAUAAACAUACGGAUGGGCCUUGCAUCGUUUUUUUCUCACAAUUUUUAUGCAAGCUCUCCACUGCUCUCUGUUUUCACUAUCUCUCGAUACUCAAAAUUGAGAAAACAGAAUUUGGAAAAUUUUAUGGGAAACAAAUUCAGCAUCUUCUAGAUAUUUUUGGGAAAGAUUUUAAUAUAUUUUUCUUCCCGAUUAUUGUUGUUCUAGUUUAUGUUAUCAAUAUUUUUGAUUUGCAAGGAAAGCUAAUCAGAAAUAGUGGUAUUUACCACAUAUUCUUUGAAUAUUACAUUUUUGAUGAUGAUGUAAUCGGAUCAAACGCAGAAACUGAAUCAAAUGAUAACGAAAAAAUUUCAAGUGGAAAGAAAAUAUCCGAAGUUCAAAAGAUCAAGAAAUUGAUGGAAUUGAAUUACCACUAG